AUGAGAAGGCGAGCAGAAGCUGCUGCAGGCGGACACGUGGGCGGCGGCUCGGGCGUAGUUCACUGGACAUCGUGUCACCCGAGUAUUAAGGGCCAAAAUCCAGUCUCGUCGGGUCCGGAGCGAGCUUCCGGUCUGGUGAAACGGUCCAGCCACCGAGAUCGAGGUGCAAGGUUUUACGAAAAAAAAAUAUGUGAAAAUCGAAACAAAAUAAUAUUCGUCGUGCAAUGA